CCAAACACUCACGAACAAACCGUUCUGACAAUGUCUCAGCAAGCAUUCGGAAUCGACAAGGGCAACGCCUUCAACGAUGCUCAUCUCGGAAAUAUCCAAUCAAUCCACCAGAUCCGCCUCUAUGAAGGUUGGUUGUUGGAUGGCUUCGAAGUGACAUAUGUGCUGGAGAACGGCUCCACCCGGGUUGCCAACCAUCUCGGAACGGCUACCCCUAAUGCCAUUGUCACCUUCGCUGAUGAUGAGGUGCUUGUGGCCCUCACCGGCAAGACCACCCUUCCCGGCUACUUCAACAACGAUCGCUACCUGAACAGCGUCAGCUUCGUAAUCCUCAAUACCAAGACCGGCGGCGUUCGCGUCGCGGGUCCCUUCGGACAGGGAGGCCCGUCCGGGUCUUACACCGGGAGGGCGUUCAGCAUCGCUGGAGAGAUCAAGGCCUUCUCUGGACUGCAGUUGACUCAGUCGGGCAGCCCCUCCAAUGCGCUUACCCUCACUUUCCCCUGUGACCAGGUCGUUACCGUCGGGCACUAAGCGAGCCCCGCUGGGCUGAACCUGUACUGCUGAGCCAAGGGGCACCGGACUAGUGCGCUUUGUACCCACAGAAUCAAUGUUUGUAACAGUCAAGAAUGAAUGACAUCUGUGUUAUAUGCC